CCCGAGCACAGCAGGCGAGUGGCAUGUGAGAACUACGCUCUGGAAUAUGUGCGUAGCGAUGCGAAACUUGGCAAAAACAGAAGCUCAGCGGUAGGACGAAGUUCAGCGGAGGAGUAACGCGCAAGUGCAGGACCCACAAAGGUCUACGCAAUGACGAGCAUUGAAAAUGCAAAGGUGCAAACGCUGGCACCUAUAUUGCAACGCUUGAUUAUGGCGACAGGAUUGAGUUGCUGGACGGGCGGGUCAGUACACAUAGGUUCCCAAUGUAAAGGACGUCAUUAUACUUGGACCAUAACCAGCUCAUAUAAUGUGUUGCCGCUCAAGCGGCAUCACAUCAGCACUUGUUGUGAGGCCCUCAUCCGCGCAGAAGCGCGCGAGCACCGUGGAAUAGUGUUACGUUGUGCAUUGACUGGUAGUUUUAAGGGUCCCCGUGAAGGAAGGUCGCACUAGCGACAGCAAGGCCACUUGCAGUGUCGCAAUAACGCCAACGCGGUUUACAGCGCAUUUCCAAUUAUCGCUAUCAAGUUGGGAAUGAUCAUUUUGACGCAUUAGGCUACGUCGUAGCAAUGGUGCUCGGACAAGUGGUCGAUGCGCACAUGUUCGUGCGAGGGCCAUGAACGCACUAGAACAAGCUUUCGCGGAGUACUCAGAAGCCGUCGCCCAGCUUGGAGACGUGGGCGAUAACAUUGGCGUGCUCGAGAUACACUAUGUAGACGAGGGCCGGGCACGAACCGCUGCAGCUACCCUUCUCGCGCAGUACACAGCCUCUACCAGGACGCAGUCGGCCAAGUGGGGACCUUGUACUUGCAUAUACCGCUUAUAAGCUUAUGCUUUGGGCAAGGUCCUGUAUCAUUUGGAAUUUGCGGGUCUUCCCCAACUGUACGUUGUGGACCGGCUGCUAGCCAGGGUGGCGGCGGUGGUGGAUCGGCGACUGUCGCCGGCCCAGUUUGAUGCCAGCCCACAUGCACGCCCGGUUGGCCUCUCCAUUGACCUUAUGCAACUGCCUCCGGCGGUGGGGGGGGCGGGCCUGUUGCCGCUGGUGCCGCAUGUGAAAGCGCGGCAAGCCGGUCUCGCGGUCCGGUGUGUGUUGGGUGUGUGUGGUCUGCUGCCGUACGUGCCCCCGUGGACCCGGGUCGCGGCGGCGUGGCUGCGCCAGGUGCACCCGGCGGCAACGCCCCUGCGUUUCUUGGUGCGGGGGGCCGCGGACCGUGUGCUGAAUAAGCCGCUCACCCCGGCGGGCAAGCCGUUUGCGCGCCUGCUGAAAGCCAUGACUGCAUUGCCCGCGGUGACUCUUGUGGCGCCGCCCGAGCCGGGCGCGUGGGUGAGUCAUGUGCCGUUGUGGGCUAACCCGGCGCUGUGUGUGGACGGCCGCACGUGGGAAUUGGCUUUCGCGGAUUUGUUCGCUCUGCCGGGACUGGCGUGUGUGGGCCAGCUGGUUGCAGCGCAUGACGGUCUGAACGAACUGCGGCAGGCAUUGACAAGCCCUUGGGCGGAGGGCUCCCGGUCUGGUGAAGCGUGUGCGGAUAUGUACGUGACUGCUGUGUGGAGGCGGGUGCUGCACUGGAGCACGCGGGCACGCCUGCCGUCGCCCCUGCCGGGGCCGGCGUCGCCUCAAGAGGCGGCCGACCGGUUUGCGGCGGCGGUGGCCCUUCUUCCCGCUGGCUGGGCUGCCGCCGCGCGUGCGGCCCAGCUGGCUCGGGGGCCUGCCGCCGCGCUGCCGCUCCCGGUGGCCGACGUCGUGAGUGCUACGGCGGAGUCGGUGCAACGGGUGGUGCGGGGACUUGGAUGGUUGCAGUGCGGGGGGCCGCCCAUCCUGCUCACUGCCUACACGGUGAAGGCGGGGACCGUGCUACAAAUGGCUCCACAGUUAGCCGCCCUGAAGGCUAAGCAUUUGCAGUAUGUGUGCGAUGCGGGUGUGUCGGGGGUGGGGGCUGCCCUGGCGGCGGGGGCCUUCGUGUGCACCUUGGCCCGCUUGUGGUCGCUGAAAUGGGAGAAUCAUCAUAAGGAAGCACUGUGGCGUGUGGCCGCCAACGCUUGCUGGGCGUUUCCACGGCAUGCUAGCGAGCGGGCGCGAGGCGUUACUGUUGACCCGUGUUGGGCGUGUGGGGUGGACAUGCAGGAUGGGGACCGGCGUCACUGGUUUUGGGACUGCACUGUUGCGCUGUCACUGCGGGAAAGUAUGGGGAUGGCUAUGGGUUUCCUGCCGGAGGAGGCUCUAAGUGCCUUCUCUCGUGAGGAGUUGUGGUUAGUGUGCCCGCCUGCGGGGCUUGCGCCACCUGUGUGGGAUGUGGUGUGUCUCGCUGCUAUGUCUGCCCUGGACUUUGGUCGGCAGCGUGUGGUUAUGGCCGGGUUGGCGGCGCGAGCGAAGCUGCCGUCGGCCCGGGUGCUGAGCAUUGGACUUGCCGUCGUAGCUGACUUCUGGGGUCGUCUCCAGACGUUUGUGACUUUGGGUAUCAGGCCAAAGGGUUGGGACGCUGUGCCGUUUGCGCAUCCCUUCAUAUCUCGGGCUGUUGGUGACGGCAUGGUUUUGCGCUUGCCGUAUGACGCUGAUUCCCCGCCCCCCUCGCCGUGAGAGGUUGUGCGUGGUUGGUGGCUCUGUGUGUGGGCAGGAUGCACGUGUGGGCGACCGUUCUAGUACCUGGACGCUUGCGCCCUGGUUAGUGCGUGCGCUGUGCGUGUGUCCUGCGGCCUAGACGUUUCCCGGCACUCCUGUGCCUAGGCUUGUGGCGUUGAGGCACAGCGGUGGGGCUCUGGCGGGUUGAGGCUUGGCUAGGACUCACUGUGCGCGGAGUCACACGGACUUUGCCCGCGGGAGGGUUUGCAGCAAAGUCGGGGUUGGGCCCUGAUAGCAUGUGAUGGCUCGGCGUCUUCGGGAGCUGGGACUGUCCCCUCUGUAACAUCCGCAUCCA